AUGAGCAGAACAAGACUUAAGGGACUGGAUGGGCCAGAUCCAUACUCGUUGGAUGAGUAUGAUCAGAAAGAUGGUGACGGAAGUUUCAACUCAGAUGGCCACAGCUUGCUUGAUCCGAAUCUAUCCACUCAUCACUCGACUGCCGGACCCCGGUGUCUUGAGCAGCUAGUGUUCGACUCACAGGUGACUCAGUCCUCCACAUCGCUGCCACUGUCCCUUGGUUCCACUCAGGACAGCUAUUCUGGCUCGAUGUCGUUCAUGGAAGGUUUCAAUGACCCAGGCUUACCGUCCUGGCUGAUGCACGAUUUAGAAACACAGGAAACAGACGAUGUUCUCUCUGCAAGUGCGCAGCGAUCUGUAAUAAAUGGCCUGGUCCCCUCUGAGCUUCUUGGCUCAAGUACGGGCCCGUCCUUGGGUACAGGCAACCGGAUACCCGCUCCAGGUGCCGGGCUUCCUCGACGCAGAAGUCGCUAUCUAACGCGGAGUUCGGGAAGAGAGGCCGCUCCGAUUGUCAUUCCCAAUGCGAGUGCCCUAAAUCCCAUGGAGAGAUGGCGUGAGUCGCCGCCUGAGGAUGAGCCUGCGUCGAUGUCCGCCAUUCUAGAUGCAUUGAAGCAGACGCCUGCGCAGCAAUUAGAACUGCCAGGUAUUGACAACUCAGGUGAUCCGGCAGACAUUGUCAACGCGUUCCGACACUACCGGCGUGCGGCCUCGACGACCAGCGGAGAGUCUAGCGGGUCGUCCAGGGCGUCGCAGCAGUCGGCGCGAUCCCGCUCGUCUGCUCAGGAUCCGACCGGGGUUCAGGCUGGACGACGCCGGCGCCGGGUGGAUAAAUCCAUGAGACGAAACCACGAUGUGAUCGAGAAGCGACGUCGGUACUGCUGUACCUUUUGCUGUGACAGGUUCAAGAGCAAGUACGACUGGGCCCGCCAUGAGAAAUCUUUACACCUUAGUCUGGAGGCAUGGUACUGUGCGCCGUUUGGGACGACCGUGGACUCCCCUGUGACGCUGAAAAGUUACUGCGCGUUCUGCAACGCCGUGGACCCGGACUCCCGGCAUCUGGAUCAACACGCUCAUAAGGCCUGCGAAAGUGACUCUGGCGCUCGCCGUUCCUUCCGCCGCAAGGACCACCUGGUGCAGCAUCUGCGGCUGGUGCACAAUGCCGAUCCUCCGCCCUGCCUGGAUGACUGGAAGAUCGGACAAAGCGCUGUAAGCUCUCGGUGUGGAUUCUGUGAUCAGCGCCUGAGCACGUGGGAGCAACGCAUCGAGCACCUAGGGGAGCAUUUUCGAAAAGGCGCUACGAUGAACGAGUGGCGCGGGGAGCAUGAGUUCCCUGCCGAGUUCGCCGCGCAGGUGGUCAACGCGCUGCCGCCAUACCUCAUCGGCUCAGAAUCGCGGAGUAUUUCCUCUCGCGCCUGUUGGGACUCGGCCGGCGAUCAAGAAGCAGCCUUGAAUCCUGCCACGGUGGCUCCCAGCCAGCCUCUCCAGACUCUGGCGCCGGGUUUGUCACCGGCACAGCUUAGCUCCUUCACGCAAGUAUUGACGCUGCACUUGAGCCGCUAUGCUCAGCAGCAGAUGCAACAGGGGAUUAUUCCUACCGACGAAAUGUUCCAGCAAGAGUCCAGACGUUUACUAUAUGACUCGGAGGACUCGUGGAAUCAGACCAUCGCCGACAACCCCGAGUGGCUUUCUACUUUCCGAAGGCUUCACUGCGACGAGACCACCCAUUCUACACGGGACGACCCGCAACUGCCAGAGCUUGCUCGCGGGUUGCAACUGUAA